AGCGCUAGCGUAUCGAAGUAUGCCAAUGAGAGUCAUGUCUGUCAGAACAAAGACGGUGUUGAUUUCAAAGCACAUCGAAGGACGAAGAACCAACUAUACUAUGCUGAGGACAUACAAGUAUAUAUAAUCCCUCGCCCUCAUGUCCAAUUUCUCAUCCAUUCCCAAUCCCAUUCAAGUCUACUGCAAUUACUACUUUGUUCUACAUCCCUCACAAUAAACAAUUAAAAUGGCCUCUUACUUGAUCACCGGAGCCUCGCGAGGCAUUGGCCUUGCCAUGGCCGACCUCCUUGCCUCCAAGCCCGCUUCGGAGGUGUCUACUAUCAUCGCCGCGUUCCGCACCGAGACCGAUGAGCUCAAGCAGCUGGUCUCCAAGUACUCUGGUCGGGUGCAGCAGGUCAAGAUUGACGUGACCGAUGAGGCCAGCACCAAGCAGGCUGCUGCCGAGGUGGAGAAGCAGCUUGACGGCAAGGGUCUCGAUGUGCUUGUGAACGGAGCCGGAAUUAUGAAUUUCACUGCCAAUGGAAUUGAAACUAUGACGGACCUCGAGUCUACAUUUAAAACUAAUGUCACCAGCGCCCACCUGGUCACUGCUGCCUUCCUGCCGCUGCUCAAGAAGGGUGACCUGAAGAAGGUUGCCAACAUCUCCACAGCCCUGGGCUCCAUCGAGACGUCCUCCCACUACGCCCUGUUCCCCGUCCCAGCAUACAAGAUCUCCAAGGCCGCCCUGAACAUGUUGACUGUGCAAUACGCCCAGUCUUUUGCCGAGCAAGGCUUUACUUUCCUGGCUAUCUCCCCUGGUUGGGUCCGCACCAACCUCGGUGGCGACGCGGCCGAUCUCUCGACUGAGCAGAGCUCUACUGGUGUUCUGGAGAUCAUUGACAACGCUACCAAGGCAGACAACGGGAAAUUCUACAACAUCAAGGUGCCCGGGUGGGAGAAUGCGGAGGGACUUAACCGUUACGACGGUCUCCAGUAUCCUUGGUAGAUACCCUGCAUUUGUUACGUCGAUACACGUAUGAAACUGUAGAUAGAAAUUUUAACACUGUGGAAUAUCUUUUGAGGCUCUAUACUGAACUUACCCGAAUCACCUCAUAUUUUUAGAUCUCAGCAUGCCAGCAUGACUCGGA